GCGGAGCGGAAACCUCUCUGGCAACGCUGCUCCGCAGUUGACGGACACGUUUCGCUCGAUCACUUACACGGUGAGCUCAGGGACGGACACUUCACACAUGUCCCUGUCGCGAUUUACUGAGGGGCUCAGAUAAGAGAAACCGCUCCUGGAUGAGGUGAAGAAACAACGAGCCUGUCCACACGUGGAAUAAGAACCGCAAAACAAGGGGAGAGAGGUCAGAGACAGUACUAGGUGUGGAAAAGAAGAAGGAAACGCGUCCAUCCGUCAAGCGCCAGCAGGAUCCGGAGGCAUCCUGGUGCCGAGACGCCGCCCCACAGACCCAGAGCCCCGAGACAACCAUCAAAAGCAAAUAUUUAAGUCCAUUACAGCACUCCUCCCGGGGAUUCUGACACAAAAGAGAGAUUGACAGAAUCGUGGUUAAAGAAAGAGAGAAAAAGACAGGGGCAAAAAAUAGCAUCCCAUUCAAAGUGAACUCUGACAGCUAUUUCUGGCCUUCUGUGGGCUGGUGGGCAGCCCCUUUGGCUGCGCGCUUGGAGAGCAGAAAAAGGAUUUCCCUCUUCCCAACCCAUUUAUCCCAGCGCCUGUGUAAAUACUAGAUAUAGAUAUCAAUUUGUAUGGCUCCCAAAGGGACUCACAGAGGCUAACUUUAGCAGACUCUGGAGGAAACCGUGCUGUUGCGGUUGCUGGAAUUGGUACCCUGUCGGCUCUUCCGAGGCAGACUUCUGUGAGAUCUGCGCUCAAACUGCAGCCCACUGAAAGAUCCUGGCAGUCUCUGAAUACUCACACGGUCCAAAGACACUGGUUGUCAUUCAUCACUGGUAAAGGAGAACAAGCUUAUAAGUGACUGCAGAGUUUCAGCAGUAAAAGUCAGGGAGAGAGGUGUGGGGGUGUGUCCGCUCUCAGGGGAACGCCCCUCGCCCCCUGGCUGUGGGGACUAAGCAGCCCAUUGCCCCUGCUGCUUUGAUGUCUUUAGCCAGCAGGGCGGCGCACCAUGAAGCCCCUCACACCCAUUGGUUCGCCCUCCCCACUGCGGCUGCUCAACAAGGGUCCAGACUACCUGCGCAGGCAGAUGGACGGAGGGGGGCGGGGCCGGUCGAUCAGCGCAGUUGAGCGGCUGGAAGCAGACAAGGCCAAAUACGUGAAGAGCCAGCAGGUCAUCAACACCAAGCAGGAGCCGGUGCUGGUGCCCUGCGCCACCCCGCCACCCCAGCCUCGUCGCCCCCUCACGGUGCCAGCCUCCUCCACGCCCCGCCUCCCCCCUCGCCGGCCACCUGCCUCCCCCUACUCCACCCCCCGCCCACUCGCCCUGCCCGAUGAGAACGAGGACGAUGCCAAGAAAGAGAACCGGCAGGCAGUGGAUGUGGAGGAGCGCAACCGUAGUAACAGGACGGCACCGUGCAUGGGCACUCCCACCGCCCCGCUGGUGGCCCCGCACAGCGCCCCGAUCCUCCGCAGGAGCACGGGCAAGCGCAUGAUGCGCCCCGAUUCCCUCAUCAUCUACCGGCAGAAGAAGGAGUGCAAGAACCCCAGCGGCGCUGGGACAGGGGCCGCCAACGGGGAGCUGAAGGGGUACAGCUUUGUGCGCCGGCUCUUUCAGGGCUCCAUGCGGGAGAAAAGUGGGGGUGAGGGGUCCCCAAAAAUGAUUAUCAGGGAGGAGAGGACCCCCGCACGCGAUGAGGAAUCCCGCAUGUCCUGGACCAACGAGAAGGAUGGGCCGGAUGGCGGACACGAGGCUAAGAGCUUCAGCAAGACAGAGCGCCGGCCUCCCACUCCCAGCAGCACUUGCACACUGGAAAGGACUAAGAACGGCAUCAACGGCUGCAGCGGAGACCCCUGGAGGCCGAAUGUGCCCCUGCGCUCAGGGGGACUGCAGCGCUCCAAAUCGGACCUGCGGCUCCGCUGCUCGCUGGCUCUGUCUGAGAAGGAAAGGUUCUUCGACUAUUGCGGGCUGGACCUGGACCUGGUGGAGCGCCUGGGGCCAGAGAACUUCCUGUCCGGGGGCAGCUCGGCCGACACGCUCUCCCUCGUCCUGCGCAGCGUGAGUGGGGGUGGCGGGGGAGGCGGGGGCUCGGAGGCCAGCGAGUUCUCUCGCCACUCAGGGGAGGGGCUGUUCCAGGAGGAGCUAACUGAACAGAUGCCCUCGGGGGUGUCAAUCAUUGAGAGGAACGCCCGUGUCAUCAAAUGGCUCUACAACUGCAAGAACGCCGCCCAACAGGGACCCAAAGAGUCCACUGUGUAACCCCAGCAGAGCCACUGGGCUUGUG